AUGAGUACUGCAGAGGUUAAUGCAUCUUCUUCUAACGAAAACAAUAAUACGGCUGCUGAUGAUACCCAAAAUCCACCAUUGGUAAGAUAUACUGAACUUAGUCAAAAUGGCGAAGUUAUCUAUCAAUCAGAUACAGUACCAGUUGAAAUAGCAGCAACUUAUUUACAACCACGAGAAACAGUUGCACAAAGAAAUGCUGCUAUGACUGGUGAAAAAACUAGUGAUAAAUAUAGAACAUUUAAUAUUCCAGCUAAAUUCGAAAACCCAGAUUAUUGGCAAGGUUAUAGCAAAAAAGAACCAAAUCCACUCUAUCGUACAACAGCUCAAGAUUAUGGCGCUGAAAAACCUAGUGUUCAUAGUAUGCCAACUGUUUAUCGAACACAGUCAAGUGCAUUCACCGAGCAUCUUGGCAAAUGUGGUAUCUUCCGUUACCAAGGCCUUAACACUGCUGUGGACAAAGGACGAUAUAUAGACAAAUAUUAA